UGAAAUCGAGGGUGCAUCGGAUUGUGAUUUGUGGCAGUCUUUAUAGCAAGUCAGUCUACUGUGGACUUUGGAACGCUCCCGGGAGGCUAUUUCCAGUCAUGCCAGUGCAUCUCUUAUCUACUUGAAUGGGGGAACACCGAAAUCUCAAAAACGAUUGGAAAGUCAGAACUAUUUGCUCCAAAAUGCCCUUGUUUGGAAACACAUUCAGUCCCAAGAAAACACCUCCUCGGAAGUCUGCAUCCCUUUCCAAUCUACAUACAUUGGAUCGGUCUACACGGGAGAUAGAAUUAGGUCUGGAGUAUGGAGCUCCAGUAAUGAAUAUUGGCGGUCAGAGCUUGAAAUUUGAAGAUGGUCAGUGGAUCACAGAGUCAGCAGGUAACGUAUCAGGAAAAGAGGUACAGCGAUUGAAGAAGAGGAAUCUACAGUUAGAGGAGGAGAAUAAUCUUCUUAAGAUAAAGAUUGAGGUUCUGCUUGAUAUGCAUCUUCACAGUGUCCUUUGCUGUUGUUCUGGGAUUGAUUUGCACUUUUUGCACCAAACUACGUUCAUCUUUAGGAGACAGAAUGCGUCUCCUUCCUCAGUGGUAUGAUGGCUGCGUGGUCCCAUGGUGUUUAUACUUGCAUACUAUUGUUUGUACAGAUGAACGUGGUACCCAAGUAUGUCCACAAUGUUUUUUUGUUUUUUGUUGACAGAAGUUUUAACAGAAGAAUUAAUGUAAGUGCUUUUAUAAAACUAUAAGCUUCACAUUCACUUUCAGUGUAAGUACCUCACUGUUCCUCGAUUUCUUUUAUUUAUUUCUUUUAUUUUUUUUAAGAAAAAAAGGGAUGAGUCGAAAUAAUUGUUUUUUUGGCAAUCAACAUUAUGGCACAAAUUCUGUCGAUUGAGUUUAAUUUUUUGAACCUGGAAUAUUCCUUUAAAGAAUGUUACAUUUUCAUCUUUUGUUCUAAUACUAGAUUUACAGAUUUUGACAGAUGUUCCUAAUUUUAAAAUUAACAAGUUGUAGCUUUUUGUAAUUUAUAUAGUUUAAUAUAUACAGGGUUAGAACAUAUACACUGAAAAAUUAUGUGUUAGCAAAAUUCUCGUGCAUAAAGUAGUUCAACUUUUUUUUUUUCAGCUUUCAGAAUCAACAGCAGAAACACAUGUAAUACAGAAGGAACUUGAAGAUAUAAAGAAUAACUCUAGAAGAAAGAAGUGAUGGAAGAAAAAAAAGGCCUCACUGAUGAACACUUUUGAAGUCUUGUUUUUUAAAGUGUGUGUGCAUUCUGAGUUAAUAUAAUUAUUUUAAGACCCUAUUUAAAUAUCAGUUACAUUUUAAACAAUUGCUUAAUUUUUCAAAAAUGUGAUUGCUUUUUAUAUCACUUUUAUACCACAUAUUUUCUGUUUGAAUGUUAUUUAAUGUCUUAUUGCCAAUUGUAUGAAUAAACAAAUACAUUUAGUUUGAUGUCAUGUCAGAUAGUCUUUGCAUAAACUUCAAAAUAUUUUUCUGUUUUCUACAUGUCGUUUAAUUCACCUUAAAGGGAUAGUUCACCCCAAAAUGAAAAUUCUCUCAUGAUUUACUUACCUUCAAGCCAUCCUAGACGUGUAUGACUUUGCUUCUUCAGCAGAACCGAAGUGAAGAUUUUUAUAAGCACAUUUCAGCUCUGUUUAUCAUUACAAUGCAAGUAAAAAGCUGCCAUCAGGCUGCUGGCUGUUUGACGGUCCAAACGGCAUAUAUAGGCAGCAUAAAAGUAAUCCACACGACUCCAGUCGAUCAAUUAAUGUCUUCAGAAGCAAAUUGAUCGGUUUGAGUAAAAAAUAAAUCGAUAAUUGAAAUGUUAUAGAAUGUAAGGCACAUUUUUUUGUUUUUGUUUUAUUUACUAGUAAAUUGACAUU